CUGUCUUUGAAGUGAGGAAGUUUGCAGAAGCUCUUGCAGACAGAAAGCAGCAAACGCCAAAGAUGAAGAGAAGGCUGUAUGGAUAGAAAAAGAGAGGGUGGGGAGAAAGGAGAGCGACGAGUUUAGGUUUCCUUUCUCUUCAGUCUUUCUGUCGUUUUUUUUGCGCGCGUUGUCUCUCUUCUCUUCUUCUCUCCCCAGUUUUUCUCAACCUGUUCAUCUCCAGAAUGGAUGGAAGGCUAGUCCUUACCAUCCUGGUCCUGUGUGUCAAGAAUGUUGUAACCUUUGAAAAUACGACAUCCACCUCCCAACCUCUCACACCAUCCAACUCCACUCCUGCUACCCCCGGUCCCACCACUUCCUGUGUGUGUAAUAUCUCCACUUCCUGUUCCCCUCCGACCAAGCCCAAGUCUCCGCCACCUGCGCUGGGUGUUGUCAAGAUCAACUGGCAAGCAAAGUCCUGUAAGGGGGACAUACACCUGUGUCUCCUCUUGGGUGGAGACACCUGUCUCUCCACCCAUUCCUUACCACUCUGCUUUAACAGUUGGGCCAAUCUUAGCCUUGAACUGGCAGAAUCGUGUGAGAGGAAGGGCUGCGGGGGCUCCGCUAAGUGGACUGAGACCCCUGCUAGCUCUGAGGGUUACCAGAUCGAUAGGGAUGGAAGGGUUACCAAUAACUCCUGUACAACACUGAUAAUCCAAUGCGAAGUCGUCCCAGAUCAGUUAGUGGGCUAUAAGGUGGUGACUGGACUGCUGUGUGUUCUGGUGCUGGUGGUGCUGAUGGUGCGUUUCGGGCAGCCCUCCCUCAAGGCCCUCCGUAAGAGAUUGUCAGACAAGAGACAGAGUCGGUGGAUCGGACCUACGCAGAGCCAAAGUGUCUCCUACCAUAGAGGGAAGGCUGGACUCCAACUUAACGACAACACAGACAAGAGACACUCCUACCCUGGAUUGGAGAGGCUGACGGUGAACACUAGCCGAGAGCCGUCGUCUAACAGAAACAGUGAUUAUGACUCUUAUAACUUGUGAUCAUCAUCUUCAUCAUCAUCAGUCAUAUUCUCCAUCCUCUAUGACAAAAUACUGUACAUGUAUUUUUUAUAUUUUAUUAUAUAUUU